AUCAUGAUAAUACCUAAUAUAGCUUUUAAUCAAAGUUUUCUUUUUAUUACAGAGAGGAAAAAUACCCUUACUACUAGCUGUUGAAGCUGGUAAUCAGUCUAUGUGCAGAGAAUUACUCAGUGCACAAACGGCGGAACAACUGAAAGCGCAGUCUGCAAAUGGAGACACUGCUCUCCACUUAGCAGUUAGACGAAAAGAUAUAGAUAUGGUUAGGAUAUUGGUGGAUUACGGAACAAGCGUGGAUAUCCGUAAUGGAGAAGGCCAAGCACCGUUACAUAUCGCAGCAGCUGAAGGAGAUGAGAUCUUGGUUAAGUAUUUCUAUGGAGUGCGAGCAUCUGCUGGAGUAAUCGACAAUCAGGACAGGACACCGAUGCAUUUGGCCGCCGAAAAUGGUCACGCUCAUAUCAUCGAACUACUGGCUGACAAAUUCAAGGCCAGUAUUUUUGAAAGAACCAAAGAUGGAUCCACCUUGAUGCACAUCGCCUCCCUAAACGGUCAUGCGGAUUGCGCUAUGAUGUUGUUUAAGAAAGGAGUUUAUCUUCAUAUGCCAAACAAGGAUGGUGCUAGGAGUAUACACACUGCUGCAAGAUACGGCCAUGUUGGAAUAAUCAAUACCUUGCUGCAGAAAGGAGAAAAAGUCGACGUAACGACGAAUGAUAAUUACACUGCUUUGCAUAUUGCCGUCGAGUCCUGCAAACCUGCAGUCGUCGAAACCUUAUUGGGCUACGGAGCUGACGUACAUGUCAGAGGAGGCAAAUUAAAAGAAACGGCUCUCCACAUAGCAGCUCGUGUAAAAGAUGGAGAAAAAUGUGCCCUUAUGCUGCUUAAAUCUGGAGCUGGACCAAAUCUAGCAACUCAUGAUGGACAAACACCUGUGCACGUUGCAGCAAAAUAUGGCAACUUGGAAACUCUGCUACUUCUGCUUGAAGAUGGCGGCGAUCCACAAUACAAGAACAAGAAAGGAGAAACUCCUCUGCAUCUAGCCGCAAGAGGUUGCCAAACAGAAGUUGCUCGCCACUUAAUCAAUUUUGUAAAAGACAAGAAAGGUGACGAUAAAGCUUCGUCCUACGUGAACGAAGUGAACGAAAAUGACGAAAGCGCCCUCCACUACGUGUGUACCGUGACCAAAGAUGAAGUCGAUGUGCCAAAUUCUGAUAGAGAAACUGCGAAAAUUUUACUGGAAAACGGCGCCGAUAUAAAAUUGAUGACCAGCAAACAUGAAUCCGUGUUUCAUUAUGUAGCUGUGGCCGGUAAUAAUGAUGUUGUUAUGGAAAUGAUAUCGCAUAUGUCGCCUACAGAUGCGCAGAAGGCUUUGAACAGGCAAAAUGAUCAUGGAUGGACGCCGCUAUUAAUUGCAGCUCGAAAAGGACACAUAGAUUUGGUGAACAAUUUGCUUGCCAAUCACGCAAGGGUGGACGUUUUUGAUCUAGAAGGCCGAUCUGCCUUACACCUGGCAGCCGAACAAGGUUACCUACAAGUCUGCGACUCUCUCCUUACGCACAAAGCCUUCAUCAAUUCAAAAUCACGUAACGGUAGAACAGCGCUCCAUCUGGCAGCUAUGAAUGGCUACAUCCACCUCGUUAAAUUCCUAAUCAAAGACCACAAUGCCGUAAUAGACAUCUUAACCCUAAAAAAACAAACCCCGCUGCAUCUAGCAGCUGCAUUUGGACAAAUAGAAGUUUGUAAGCUAUUACUAGAAUUGGGAGCUGAUAUUGACGCUACAGACGAACAAGGGCAGAAGCCCAUUCACGCAGCUUGCCAAAAUAACUAUUCAGAAGUUGCCAAAUUGUUUCUACAACAACACCCUAGCCUUGUAAUGGCUACUUCAAAAGACGGAAACACUUGCGCUCACAUAGCUGCAGCGCAAGGUAGUGUUACUGUUAUUGAAGAACUGAUGAAAUUCGACAGACAAGGAGUAAUUUCCGCUAGAAACAAACUAACUGAUGCUACUCCGCUUCAAAUGGCUGCAGAAGGUGGCCACGCUGAAGUAGUAAAAGCUUUAGUUAGAGCUGGAGCUAAUAUAACAGAUGAAAAUAAAGGAGGCUUUACUGCUGUUCAUUUAGCAGCACAGUAUGGCCAUCAGCAAGUUCUGGAAGUCCUUCGUUCCUCUAACACGCUUAGAAUAACCAGCAAAAAACUCGGAGUAACUCCUUUGCACGUGGCGGCUUAUUUUGGGCAAGCUGAUACUGUAAGAGAGUUGUUAACACACGUGCCAGGUACCGUUAAAUCGGAUGCUCCAAGCGGUGCUUCUUUAGUUCCAGCUUUAGGUAACGAAUCUGGAAUGACGCCACUACAUCUAGCGGCUUUUUCCGGAAAUGAGAAUGUUGUUAGGUUGCUUCUUAACUCUGCUGGUGUGCAAGUUGACGCGUCUACACAUGAAAAUGGUUACAACCCCAUGCAUCUAGCUUGUUAUGGAGGACAUGGAACAGUAGUUGGUUUGCUUUUAAGCAGAUCAGCUGAACUUCUGCAAAGCCAUGACAAACAUGGAAAGACGGGGCUCCAUAUAGCCGCCCAACAUGGUCAUUACCAAAUGGUUGAAGUUCUGUUAGGACAAGGAGCCGAGAUAAACGCUCAAGAUAAAAAUGGUUGGACUCCGUUACACUGUGCUGCCAGAGCUGGUUGCUUUGAAGUAGUAAAGUUGUUGGUUGAGUCUGGAGCUUCUCCGAAGUCUGAAACUAAUCUUGGAGCAGUGCCAAUUUGGUUCGCGGCUUCUGAAGGACAUCAUGCUGUUUUGGAAUAUUUAAUGACAAAGGAGCAUGAUACGUAUGCGCUGAUGGAAGACAGAAGGUUCGUUUACAAUCUAAUGGUAUGCUCUAAAAAUCACAACAAUAAGCCAAUUGAAGAGUUUAUUCUGGUCUCUCCAGCUCCAGUAGACACUGCUGCCAAGCUGUCAAACAUACUAAUCGUUCUCUCCAAUAAAGAAAAGGAAAGGGCUAAAGAUUUGAUAGCCGCAGGAAAAUUUUGUGAAGCAAUGGCGACUGAACUUUUGGCGUUGGCCGCUGGUGCUGAUUCCGCAGGAAAAAUUCUUACGUCGACUGAUAGAAGAAAUGUAGAAUUUUUAGAUGUGCUGAUAGAAAACGAGCAGAAGGAAGUCAUCGCGCAUACGGUCGUGCAACGUUAUCUUCAGGAAUUGUGGAGAGGAGCACUCAACUGGGCGGCGUGGCGUACUCUCCUGCUGUUCGUGUUUUUCAUAAUAUGUCCUCCGGUAUGGAUAGCAUUCACCCUUCCAAUAGGCCAUAAAUACUACAAAGUUCCCAUCAUUAAAUUCAUGUCGUACCUAACAUCACAUGUUUACCUAAUGAUUUGGCUGUUAGUAGUAGGAAUCACACCACCGUAUCCCGUCGUGAGAAGAAAUUUACUACCGUACUCUUAUGAAUGGAUACUGUUAGUGUGGCUAAGCGGACUGUUACUAUUCGAGCUAACCAACCCCAGUGACAAAUCCGGAUUAGGGUGGAUUAAAGUAUCGGUACUGCUGUUCAGUAUAUUCGGCGUGGGAGUACAUUUACUAGCAUUCUUAUUUAUCGACAAAGGCUAUUGGCCCACAAUGUUGUACUGUAGAAACCAAUUGUUCGCUUUGAGUUUUGUAUUAGCUUGUGUUCAAAUAUUGGAUUUUCUAUCGUUUCAUCAUUUGUUCGGGCCGUGGGCUAUCAUCAUUGGUAAUCUGAUGAAAGAUUUAGCUAGGUUUUUAGCUGUUUUAGCGAUAUUUGUGUUUGGAUUUUCUAUGCAGUUUGUAGCAUUAAAUCAACCGUUCAAGAAUUUGAGUGGUCAAGAAGUGAGUAGGCUCAACAGAGUUGGAGUUCUGAAUCCUGGAUAUUUUGUAGAUGUGAUAAUGAGCCCCAUUUUGGCCUUCGAGCUGUUAUUUUUCGCCGUCUUCGGCCAAACGACCUACGACGAGCUAACGGUGAAGCACAGAGACCCAAAACAGCCUCAAUUUAGGCCGUUAUGGACGGACAACCUCUUCAAAGUGGUAUUCGGCGUCUACAUGUUGGUAUCGGUGGUUGUGCUCAUAAACCUUCUCAUUGCCAUGAUGUCGGACACAUACCAGCGCAUACAGGCCCAAUCAGAUAUAGAAUGGAAAUUCGGUUUGAGUAAACUCAUCAGAUCAAUGCACAGGACGACAACAGCUCCAUCUCCAAUCAAUUUGAUAACGACGUGGUUGUUUUAUUUAGGGGAUAUUUGCAAAAAGAGAGACUUUAUUCCAGUGAAAACGAGAAAGCGCCAAAGUCUCGUCCACCUCAUGGGCACCUUCCAGCGAAGCAACCAACUCAGCCCGCGGUCCAAAGCCGGGCAAAAAUGGCUGUCCAAAGUCAAAAAGGGCAGACAGAUUGCGCCAAAGGAGUCCGUAGCUCUGUCUGUGGCUCACAUGAGUCCGCUUGGCUCUCAGUUGAGCUUCUCCAUGCAAACUACUCGUAUAGAACACGUGACUGACUGGGAAGCCAUUGCUAAGAAGUAUAGGGCACUGAUGGGGCAGGUUGACGAAACCAAGGAGCAGACAAAUGAAGAUGAGGCAGAUGAUGAAGAGGACAAUGCUAAUGCUAAUGCUGUACCAGUACAAAAUUCAUUCGGUUGAAAUGAAAUUAGUAAAUUUCAGUUUCAAUAAAAUUUCAAUAUGUAGUGUUUUGAUAUUAACG